AUGCCUCGUCGGACAGAUGCACCCUCUUUUCCUGCUCCUUCCUACUCGCCUCAGUCAGUCGUAACUUUGAGCUUUGUUCGGCUGUGCGCCAUUUCCGUGCAAUCCCUCGGGUCGGCCCAGAAACGCUUCUUUCUCCCGCUCCGUCCACUUUCUGCCGGCCAUUUUUCUCCAUCUCCCUCUCCAGAAGACGGCAACCACGAUGAUGACGAGGUCAGAAGUCGUGUGAUGCUGGCACGGCGAGGCUAUUCUUCCAAAACAGUUGCAUUUUCGCACGGUUUUCCUUUCACUCUCUCAUCUCGCAUCAACUACGACAACAACUUACUUCACCCGGCGACCGUCCCCGCCCCACUCAUCAGCGCCAUGUUGACCGCAUCGCGCUCCCCACCUUCAUUCGGCCGGGCUCGAGAAGCCAACUAUGUUUCUGAGACAUUCUUCUUGUUGCAUUCCGCUGAGUUGGCCUCCUUUGCGUCGGUAAGCGCCCGAUAUACUGUCCGAAUUCUUGGCCAUUCCGGCUUGCCACGACCGACUGACGACUUGAUCCUUCGCUUCUUCACGUCUGCAUGCGUGUGUAUAUUAGCGUCUGUGUGUCCCUGUUUGGCCUUCACUUGUGCAUAUUUGCCCUCCUGGCAUGGAUCGCCAGAGCCUAUAGCAUAUCUACAGCCGCAAACUCGAGGCCUGGCCCAGUUGGCUUGGACCGGUCUAGACCGGUCCCGGCUUGGACGACUGCGUUGCCGUUGA